AUUUGUAGAGAAGAUGGUUUUUUUGGUAUAAUUUAUAACAUCAAAGGAUUUUUAAGUUUUUUAAUAAAGAUGAAGGACCUAUUUUAAAUAUUAACCAAAUGAAAAGAGUUCAAUUUAAUGUAUCAGGGUGCAAUUGAAAACCAAAAAUACAAAAUAGGGUAUAAUUGAAAAAAUUGAUACAUCGGGGUGGAAUUGAAAACUAAAACAAAAGUCGGGAUUUUUUCAGUCAAUUAGCCAUUUGGUUAUUACCAUGUUUUGUCUAAAUAAGUAAUAACAUAACGGGGCUCUCUAAACGACAUACACUGCAUAUCAGGCGAUCCCGUUUAGGCCUGAGCCCAAGAAGAAGGCCUAAAAUGGACGAGCAAUAACUGGAGCGUGAAGAGGGAAAGAAAAACGAGAAACAUAAUUCAAAAAUCGUUUGAACUGGCGUUACUAUUUUUUCAAAAAUCAAGAACGUUGCACGCUAUCAGAUCUCCAGCCUCUCAAUAUUCGAAAUGAAGAAGCCAAAUAAUCGACGAUCUAACCGAAGCAGCAUCGCCGAUUCUUCACCAAAGUCCGCCAUACACGAGGAUGAACAGCAGCAACCGCAUUGUGACAAUAGAGCUGAUGUUUUGGAGAAAGAAAAUGAAGCUCUCAAGAGGGAAAUUGAGGAUAUGAAGAACAAACUAGCUACUGUUUCACCAAAUUCAAUUGAGAAGCACAAGGAAGAUGAUGAUGAUAGCAUUAAUUCUCAGAAAUUUAUUGCUCUCGAAGAACAGGUUACGCAGUUGAGGAAGAAACUAAGUGUAUUCUCACAGCUAUCUGCACAAAAACAAAUCUCGUCAUCACAAAAGAAAAAAAAUGGUGGUGGUGGUGAGGCAACUUUAAAUGAAAUUCAGAGAUUAAAGGCUCAUAAGGUUCAACUUCUUUGCAAGAUGAAGUUAGAGUCUGUGCAGUCCAGGCUAUCCAGGGCUUCACUGGAAAAACAAGUUCUUCAGCUCAAGAAAGAUCAUAGGAGGAAAGACUAUGAAUUGCGUAAGUUGCUAGCCUUGAAUGAGAAGCAGAAACUGGUAUUGCAGCGAAAGACAGAAGAAGCAUCAAUGGCUACUAAGCGACUAAAAGACCUUUUAGAAUCCCGAAAGGCUUCAUCUCACAGAACUUCUGGUCAAGAUGCUAAAAGCAGCCAGAAUCCUGGAGUCCAGGGCAUAGAGCUUGAGCUUAAAAUUGAUGCAAGGGUGGAAGAUAUACGCGCUGACUAUGAACGUCAAAUGGAAGAGAUGGCAGAUGAGGUCCUAAAGUACGAGGAAGAAGCAGAGAUGCUGAGGGAAGAAAAUUUCAGAUGCCAGUUGCAGCAGAAAGAAGCGGACUGCAUGGUGAGGGAAUCAGAGUUAAGAGAGCUGAAAGAAGAAGUUUUCAAGCUAAGUAAUGUGGUUAAUCAACUAGGAAUACCAAAGGCAAAAGUUCAUAUGAAAAGGCUAGAUGUGGAUCCUGUUAAACCUUGUGUUUCUUCUGGAAGUAGUAGUUAUUACUCAUUUCAGUCAGAAGAUUCUGGGGGAAACAAUGUAGUGUUGGGGAAAUCUACAGAACGAGUGUGCUGCUCUUGCAGUAAAAGAUCUCUUUGCAAGACCUCGAAAUGCGAGUGCCUGGCUGCUUUUGGCUCCUGUGGUACAGGAUGUGGGUGUACAGCCUCUAAGUGCAAAAACAGAAAAGAUGACUCACUUCAACAGGAGGUGGCUAUAGAUACAGCGCAAAGUUUAGGCAACACAGAAACAGAGAAAGGCAUUGCUGUGCCUCAAGCUUCUGAUAUGGAUAAUGAUAAUUUACCAAGAAGGAAGCCUUUAUCUGAAAUUGGAAAUGCAGUGGUAAAUCCAAGUCCAAAAAAGCCUGGAAAGAAAACGCGAGGGCGCAAACAAGUUUCUCAGCUUGACAUGGCAGAAUCAUCUUCUCUAAUACCAGAAACUGCUGAGAGGACUAAUAUGGCUGUGACAGUUAAACCUACGAGGUUAACGAGGGCUAAAAGGUCAGCAGUCUGAAACAUAGAAACUUAAAUAGAAUAAAUUCAUCUACUAAAACUGGUAUGUUGUUGUAAAUCACAAACACAUGGUUUUCCUGCCCAGGAGCUGAGCUCCAUAGGCUACAGAAUGUUCAAAUGAUUGGAACUGCAAUAACUUUUACAUUUGAAAGUUGAGAUGUGUAAUACAUAGUUCCCCAAUAUAUUGAAAUUUUGAAGGGAAUUUUCAGGACUGUCA